GCCCGCCCCGCCCCUCGGCACCGAGCGGGGGCAGGCGCGGCAGCCGAGCGCCGAGCGGCCGAUGGGCGGCCGGGAGCGGGGUUAAAGAGCCGGGAGCGGGCGGCGCGGCAGCGGCCGGGACAGGUGACAGCAAGCUGCAAAACCCCAGGUACAUCUGGGAUGUGCUCUCUGCCCAUGAAGAUGAGAACCCCUAGUUAGAGAGUGGUCCUCACAGUCACCACCAGGCAUUUCCAGCUUCUUCAGCUGCUCCCAGGUACCCUUGCAACAUUGGCAGCCUCCAAAGAGCAGAACUCGUCAAGCUGGCGGCAGGAGGCUGUGGGAGGUCUCAUACGGCUACUGCUGGAGCCUGAUUCCUGCUGUGCUUCUCCCAGGAGUGUGGGCUCUAGGAUGCUGGGACCAGCUGGGCUAGGCCUGCCCACGUGAUCCUCGGCGCCCUGCUCCCCACUGCCAGCCCACCAUGUUGUGUUCCUGGCGUGUGAAGCUGAAGCUGCUACUUGCCACGGUGACCCUGGCCAUCCUCCUCUCCUGGCUCUACCUCUUUGUGGGCAGCCUUGAAUAUGGCCGCCUCCUCUUGCUGCCACCGUGCCUGGGUGAGCAGCCGAGUCGGGACAUGGAGCGCGAGGCGCUGGCGUCGCAGGUGCGCAGGGUGGAGGAGGAGAACCAGCAGCUCCGCCUGCAGCUCAGCCAGGUGCAGGCAGAUGGCAGCGACGGCAGCCCACAGUGGGGGGCCUCCACCGAGGACGGGGACCCCCCCAGGGGUGAGAGGAGCAACCACACAGCCUGCCCCAAGCAGCGGACGGUGCACAAGUGCGAGCUCCUGCACGUCGCAAUUGUGUGUGCUGGACACAAUGCAAGCCGGGAUGUGGUCACCCUGGUGAAAUCCAUCCUCUUCCACAGGAAAAACCCCCUUCACUUUCACCUCAUCACGGACUCGGUGGCUCACCAGAUCCUCCAGACGCUCUUCCAGUCCUGGAUGGUGCCCUCCGUCCACGUCAGCUUCUACAAUGCCGAGGACUUGCAGCCAGAGGUGUCAUGGAUCCCCAACAAGCACUACUCCGGCAUCUAUGGCCUGAUGAAGCUGAUGCUUACCAAGGCGCUGCCCUCCAACCUCUCCAAGGUCAUCGUCUUGGACACCGACAUUACCUUUGCCACUGACAUCGCUGAGCUCUGGGCCAUCUUUGGGAAGUUCUCCGACAAGCAGGUAAUUGGGCUGGUAGAGAACCAAAGUGAUUGGUAUUUGGGCAACCUCUGGAAGAACCACAAACCGUGGCCUGCUCUGGGACGUGGCUUCAACACGGGAGUGAUCCUGCUGCUGCUGGACCGCCUGCGUCGCCUGGGCUGGGAGCAGAUGUGGCGGCUGACGGCGGAGCGGGAGCUCAUGAGCAUGCUCUCCACCUCACUGGCCGAUCAGGACAUCUUUAAUGCAGUGAUCAAGCAGGACCCAGCCCUGGUGUACCGGCUCCCGUGCUUCUGGAACGUGCAGCUCUCUGAUCACACCCGCUCAGAGCAAUGCUACACUGAGGUCUCAGAUCUCAAGGUGAUCCACUGGAACUCACCCAAGAAGCUGCGGGUGAAGAACAAGCAUGUGGAGUUCUUCCGCAACCUCUACCUGACCUUCCUGGAGUACGAUGGGAACCUGUUGCGCAGGGAGCUCUUCGGCUGUGCCAGCCUCCCCAGCCCUCCCAGCGAUCAGCUGCAGCAGGCACUGGAGGAGUUGGACGAGGACGAUCCCUGCUAUGAUUUCCGCCGGCAGCACCUCACAGAGCACCGUGUCCACCUAUUCUUCCUGCAGUAUGAGUUCCCGGCCCUUACUGACCCCACCGAUGUCACCCUCGUGGCCCAGCUCUCCAUGGACAGGUUACAGAUGUUGGAGGCCAUCUGCAAACAUUGGGCCGGCCCCAUCAGCCUGGCAUUGUACAUGUCAGAUGCAGAGGCCCAGCAGUUCCUUCGCUACGCCCAGGCCUCAGAGGUGCUGAGUGCCCGCCGAAAUGUCGCUUAUCACAUUGUCUACAAGGAGGGGCAGUUCUACCCCAUCAACCUCCUGCGCAACGUGGCCUUGGCCAACACGCAGACGCCAUAUGUCUUUCUGACUGACAUUGACUUCCUGCCUAUGUAUGGCCUCUACGAUUACCUCAGGAACUCUAUCCAACAGCUGGAGCUGCUCCACAGGAAGGCAGCUCUCAUUGUGCCAGCAUUUGAGACACUGCACUAUCGCCUGACCUUCCCCAAAUCCAAAGCAGAGCUGCUCUCCAUGCUGGACAUGGGCUCUCUCUACACCUUCAGGUACCAUGUGUGGCCAAAAGGCCAUGCCCCAACUGACUAUGCCAAGUGGCGGACGGCCACCGUGCCAUACCGUGUUGCAUGGCAGCCAGACUUUGAGCCUUACGUUGUAGUGAGGCAAGACUGCCCUAAGUAUGACCAGAGGUUCGUGGGCUUUGGCUGGAACAAGGUGUCCCACAUCAUGGAGUUGGAUGCGCAGGAGUAUGAGCUGCUGGUCCUGCCCAAUGCCUUCAUGAUCCACAUGCCCCAUGCCCCCAGCUUCGACAUCUCCAAGUUUCGCCUGAGCGCAGGGUACCGGGGCUGCCUCCAGACACUGCGGGAGGAGUUCCAUCAGGACCUGUCGCGGAAGUACGGGGCUGCUGCGCUCAAAUACCUCACUGCUGAGAGGAGCCUGUGAUGCCCAGGGACAGCAGGUGCAGGGCACUAGCAGCAAGCUGCAGAGGAGAGGGCACAGGGCCUCCUGCCUGCCCUGGCCAACCUCCAUAGUCUUGCUUGAGGAAACCGAGCUGGCAGCACAGCCUCUCCAGCCCAAGAAUGGGAUGCUUGUAGUUAAGAUGGAAGAUGCCAGCUGUGAGAACAGGAGGAGGCCUGUGGAUCAAACUGCCACAGUGUGGGUCAGAGCAGCAGCCUCCCUGUGUUAUAGCAUGGGGGAACCUUCUCCAAUGCCAGGGACCAGGGGGAUGUGUCUCCUUUGUCCCAUUGCCGGGGCCCUUGGACAAGGUUAGUGUACUGGUGCUAGGGCUCUUCUACAGGUUCCCUGCAAUGUUAUUCCCAGCCUCAGACAUCUCCCCAGUAGGAAGUUUUAGCUAAUGUGGAUUUACAGCCUUUGCUGGCUCACCUCUGCCUGGGGCCUGGCUCCUUCAGGCUCCUGGGAGUUGUACAUGGGAGCUGUCCUGCUCUACUUGGUUCUGCCUCCUCCUGUUCUGUGGUCUCUGUUCCCAGUUCUCUGCACUCUACCUCUGGAGCCUUGGUGAGUGGGACAAGGGGAUGUAGAACAUCAUUUUGCACCCUUUGUGGAGCAGGCUCAGAAAAAGAGCUCAGAAAAAAGGGAGGUAGGGCCAGAGAUUACCAGGAGUUGUGGAGUCCUGGCUCAAGCCAGGACCAAGGCUGGCUGGUAAACAGGGUGAGAUACUGUUUCUCCUUGCCCCUGUAGAGGCAAAAUCUCCAAUGAGGCUGGUCCAGUACUGGUGUUACGAGUGCAAAGAUGGGCUAUAUCUGACUUCCCUGGUAGCCAACUCCAGAAAAAGGUCUGCAUGUCUCUGCAGGAAGCAGCUAUGCCUGUGACAGGCACUAUUUGGGGGCCAACAGUGCCCAGCAUGGCAUGGCUGUGAACCAAGCGUGGCCACAGCAGUGCUCAUAUAGGCAGAGUAUCUGUCCCUAUCUUCAUGGCACAGCACUGGUCCAGAAGGUUAUACAGAGAGUUUUUGUACAAGACACCAGUCAGCUGCUCAUCACUGUGCUCAGUUUUGGCACUAUAAAGUCCCAGCUUUAUUUAAAUGAAAGCAAGGUGAUGUGUUGUUGGGCUGACUGACGCCACCAAGCGCUGUCCAUCCAUGCAGGCAUGAGAAGGCUCUGUGCAGGCAGGGUCCAGCUUCACCCUGCUUGUGGCUACAGGUUGCUGCUGCAGGCUCAGGCAGUGGUCAGGAGCUGGGCUUUGUAACACGUUCAGCCUCUGCUUCUGGCCCAUUGCAGAGCUGACCUUGGAUGAUCUUUCAGCUCUGGGUGACCACUGUGGGACAAACCACCAAGCCCCUGAAGCCACAGGUAUGGGUGAAAAUGCGUGGUGGUGGGCCAGAGAAACUCCUUGCAGAGGACCACCCUGAGCCUCCCUGACGCCUGGAAACACAAGACAUUGUCACUGACAAUCAGGGCUGUGGUUGACACUGGAAGAGAUUGUAGCUGAGUGCUGUAGCUGGAUCCCUGCGCUGGGAGCAGCUUGGCUAGGCACUGUUCCACAGCUAUCGCAACACUGGAGCACAGAGGACGCAUUGCUUUCCUCACGCUAUUUAAAUUAUUUAAUAUGGUUCUCAUAAGAUGUAAAUGAUAAGGGUGUAUUGGGUUUUUUUUUUUUUUUAAUCCUUUCUUCCUCCCGGAUGAUUCUGCUGGUGGCCCUGGAGGAUCUCCAGGCCAGUUGCUGCUGCAGUCUCUGCUGUUCUCUUCUUAGCAUUAUUCUGAUCUGCAAGAGCCAGCUCUGUGCAGGUGUGAAGACUUCCGUCCAUGGUGGGAAUGGCUAGGAGGAGCCAUACACAUUGUAUUGUAUGGAAGGGGCACAAGCGCCUCUUGCUUUUUUUCCUCUCUUUUUAAUUUAAUUUUUAAAUUAAAGCUUUUUUAUUCUUUUUCAAA